AUGGGAAAUUUAAUUGCUUCAAUAUUUGGAGGACUCUUUAAUAGCGAACAAGAAGUGCGUAUUUUAAUAUUGGGAUUAGACAAUGCUGGUAAGACAACAAUUCUCUACCGAUUACAAGUAGGAGAAGCUGUUACAACAAUACCUACAAUCGGAUUCAAUGUAGAAACAAUAACAUACAAGAAUAUAAAAUUCCAAGUGUGGGACUUGGGAGGUCAAACAUCGAUUAGACCAUAUUGGAGAUGUUACUAUGCAAACACAGAUGCUAUUAUUUAUGUUGUUGAUUCAAGUGAUAGAGAAAGAAUGGGUAUUGCUAAAGAAGAACUUUUUGCAAUGCUCGAUGAAAAGGAGUUGAAAGACUCUAUACUUUUAAUUAUGGCUAACAAACAAGAUGCCAAGAAUGCUAUGAGUGUUGAAGAAGUUUCUGAACAAUUGAAUUUAACAAAGAUAAAGAAUAGAACAUGGACAAUAUUUAAAACAUCUGCACUGAAUGGAAUUGGUAUAAAUGAAGGUUUGGAAUGGUUGAGUGAAAAUAUCAAAAAUAAGAAAUAA